CGUCGCGUCGAUCUGGGCGGAUCUGGGCCGGAAUCGGCCGCGCGUGAUGCUGGGUCGUCUCGUUGAUUUGAUCCUGCUCGCUCCCGCUGUUGCAAUUUAGGCGCUGUUUGUUUGAUGACCCGGUCGAUUGAGGAUAAGCAAAGGGUGUUCGGGGAUCGCUGAUUUGUCAAGUAGCUGGCCUCUGUUGCUGGAUCUUAGUUGAUCUGAUCUGGAUUUGCAGUUUGAGCCCAAACAUGGACUCUAGCAGGCGCCCGAGUGGAAUCCAGCAAUUGCUUGCUGCAGAGCAAGAGGCUCAGCAAAUUGUAAAUGCUGCUAGGGCUGCUAAAACGGCAAGGCUUAGGCAAGCCAAAGAAGAGGCUGAGAGAGAAAUAGCUGAGUACCGUGCACAAAUGGAGGCUGAUUUCCAGAGGAAGCUCACUGAGACCAGCGGUGACUCUGGCGCAAACGUCAAACGCCUUGAGCAAGAGACAAACGUAAAGAUUGAGCAGCUCAAGCAGCAGGCAGCAAACAUCUCUCCAGAGGUGAUUCAGAUGCUUCUGAGGCACGUCACAACUGUGAAGAACUAAAGGUUGAUGAGUCAGCCCUGCAUAUGAUGGCAACUUUGUACUAUCUGUUCAUUUCUUUGGGAGGUAUUAUAAGAAAUGGCUUUUGCCACUUCCAGCUGUAAUUCCUUGUUGUCUUGGAAAUAAGCUGCUACAGUUCAGCAGCAGCCAUGUCUGAUACUACUUGCUAAACCUUUGGUGAUUAGUUCGUAAAUUUUGUCGAUUUCCGUCCCUUUUGUCUCUCCCUUGUAUGGCUAUCAGUAUAUGUAUUUUUUUAUGUGAAAUAUAUUAUUCAUAAGAGUAAAUAAGUUUUUAAUCA